AUGGAAGCAGAAAAUCGUGAAUACAAGAUUGAUUCAAUAAAGAAAGUGAUCAUACAAAAGUAUAUCAUGUCUAACAAUAGGACUCGCACAGCUAUUGUAAAUACAGAAGAAGUUUUUAACAAAAUUGAUUUUCAAAAGUACGAUGAUUUAACAGUUAUUGUAGACUUUGACUGUCCAUUCGCUACCAACAUAUUACAGGAAAAGGAUUCUGAAAUCAAAAAAUUCCGAAGUAUUUACACUUGGUUCAUAAUAUCACAAACUCCAACUACGAAAGAAACAAUUAAAAGCUUUUUUGCACCUUUAAACCUCAGACUCGAUUCCACAAUAACUUUUGCUACCUUAAACGAGGACAAAUACGAACUGUUCGAGGUUUACAAGUUAGGGUUGGAAGUUCCGAUACAAGUAAACCAAAUAGGAGUAUUCGAAGGAGAAGAUAUUACGUUUUUUAACAAAAAUUUGUCUUUCUAUGAUAAGAGGAGGGAUAUGCGAGGAGUUUUGGUCAGAACUGGGAGUGCGGUGAAAUAUCCCGUCGAAAACGAAACUGCAUUCAUUGCGGCCAUACGAGCGGAGCCCAGACAAUUUCAAAAAUAUUUCUUUUUUAUAUUUCUAGUUUUCCAAGAUGUCCAUAAAUUUGAUUACAACGUCACAUUAAGACACGAAUGGUUUGGUAAUACAACCUAUGGAAUCGACGGAGGUAUCUCUAAGUUACUCUACGAAAACGUAGUUGACAUUGGUACCUCAGGAGGAUAUAUGAGCGUACCAAGAGUCAAGUACCACGAGAUUAUAAGUCCGGAUUAUAUGUACAGGACUGGUUUUUUAUUUCUUAAUCCAGGAAAAACUAAACCAGGAACAGAAGUGUUAAAACCGUUCUCUAUAAAUACUUGGUACGCUUUUGUAUUUACUACAAUAAUCAUUGGGUUCGCUAUAUUCGUUAUUUAUUGGAUAGAGUAUACUAUUACUCAAACUAGAAUUAAAUAUAGCUUUUGUACGUCUAUUUUGAUAGCGAUAUCGAUCAUUGCACAACAAGGUUCUGCAAUAGUACCCUACAGAUUUAGUGGGCGAAUAAUAUAUUUGUCCCUUUUAAUUAUGUCCAUGAUGGCCUACAAUUAUUAUACAUCGAGUUUGGUUUCUUCUCUGUUAAGUGGUGUUCCAGAAGUAAUUAGUACUAUUAAGGAGCUGUAUGAAAGUAAUCUAAAGGUAUCAUUGGAACUAACCCCCACCAUUAUGGCUUACCUUAUCCAACAGAGAGGUAACCGUUACGUCAGUCUACUAAACAAGACGAAGCUAUACGAAAAUGGCGUGGCCAACACAAUGUCAGCUGCCGAAGGAUUGGAGAAAAUUAAAAAAGGCAAUUUUGCCUUUCACGCUGAGUUGGCGACUGCCUAUGCCUAUCUCAGUAAUGCCGAACAAGAAGUUAUAUGUGAUCUGGCAGACAUACCAUUCAUUCAAGAUCUCCGUACCGGUUUGGUUUUACAAAAGCGUUCGCAAUACAAGGAGUUGUUUCUCAUUACGUAA